ACUGCACCACUACCCUUUGCGGAAAUAAAUAUUUGAACGCUAGCGAAUAUCGUCAGUUUCUGAGUGUCUCGUCAGCUGUAGCUGGUUUGCGUAACACUCCUAACAGUUCAAGAGUUUUCUGCAGUAUAACGUUUAAACAUACUAUUUUCGUUCCAGGGCUCCUGUUCCUCCCGCCAGGCCACCGUGUAUGGCUGUGAAAGUGGCGAGCUGAACAUUGCAAGUUAGCCAUGAGCGCGCUACCACUUGCUGUGCUGGGUUGUCCGAAGCAGCUGCUCAGCUUUUAGAAAGAAAUAGUGCCGGCACUGUAGCGAGCACUUAUCAAGAGGUCCAGAGACUAGUACUGUAGUCUUAGUGCGUUUCAAGGCGAAUCAAUGGGCUGCUGUGGCUCAAAGGAGAGCGAGGACAAGGUCCCAUCCCUGCACUCCUUCAGCUCCACUGGCUCCGGCUCGUCGACUCGCAGCAGCAGACGUGAUUACGGCAGUAGCAGGGCGUCCUCAGGCAGCAACAUCUCCUCAGCCUACCGUCGCGUGUCACGAGAAGACGGUGACGGUGGCAGUGGCAAUGGCGGUGAGGGUCGGCAAUGGCGGAGUAGAAGCCUGGCAACGGGCCAGGCCGGGAGCCCUUCCGAAGCCGAUUACUCCGCCAGACCGUCGGCAAGCUUGUCGCCUAGUCCUAGUAGCAGUAGACCGUCCAACGGAGCAGUGCAUGCGUCUACCGCAGCAUUAGGUCCCUUUGAGAAUGCUCCUGCGUUUUGCCCUGACAAGUACUGGGUGAAAGAUGAGGAGGCACCGACUUGCGGAUACUGCGGUGAUGAGUUUACACUGACCAAUCGGCGUCAUCACUGUCGUCUGUGCGGAGACAUAUUUCACGGUGGGGAGUGCGCGCAGAAGGCGGGCCAGUUUGAGGUGUGGGUGUGCACGUUCUGCUUCGAGUACCACACCAUCUACAAGGGCCCCAUGCAGAGCGGUUGUGUUAUGACAAAGUACACUAAGGAUCUGGAGAGGAACCACCAGAGGCACUUCUGGCUCUCCAGUGAUGGCCGAGAGCUCAUCUGGAAGGAAGUGGAGUCGCGCUCCCGUCUAAGCAACAUAACAGGUUCUACUGUUCAUAACCUCCGCUUGGCUGACGUAACGCGGAUACAAGCCAGUGGUCCACCAGGACUGGAAACAGGUUACGGCCACUGUUAUGCGUUUCAAGUCAUCACCGGCGAACGGCCAUUUGUGCUGGAAGCUGCUAAUGUCAAGGAUUAUAACAUCUGGACGGAAGGACUGAAGUGUGCUGUGUACGUCAGCCAAGCGCACCAAAACCUUCAGGGACGGCAGCUGGAAGAUCGUGCAAGACGACACGCCAAGCGCUCGCGUGACAACCAUCGGCAGUUGAUAGCGGAUCGAGUGCGAGCGCGCCAAAAACGAAUGAAGAAGUCUGGCUAGAUACUAGAUAGCAUAGCCGAACAUGGUCAGGACCUUCUCACAGGUGUAAUUAUUUUGAAGGAUUCGGUCUUCCCGAUGUGAGUAACCGCUAUUCUGUCUUUUAUGUAUUAGGGUGUAGGAAACAUUUCUGGCGAGUCAAUCGACUCUGUUUUCAUUCGAUCCAAGUUGACAGUAGAGAAUUCUAUGCCUUGAUACACACCAGCGGCAGCAGCAGUGUCUUUCUUGACUCUUUGAGAUGUACCGGUCACAAGCUCAUGCUCCUCUGCAUAAAAAUGAGCUUAUAAGUUAAAAUUGGAGUUUACUAAGUAUUAGGGAGUUUGCGCCGUUGCAAUGCUUCAAGUUGAUUUCUUGCACCCAUCACAGUAACAGCAUUUUUAGCAUUUCAAAGUAAAAUUCAUAGUCCGUUCCCCUGGCAUAUUCAGCUGGGUCGUGGUAGUCUUAGGGAAAAGGGUUUGAUUACUUCACUAUAUUGCACUUGACUUUCCUGAACAAUGGCGAUAAAAUCGUAAUUUAAUGAUAAUCGCCACAGUGAGCAUUGGCCUAUAUAUCUUUUCAGUAAAAUGAAUUUGCUGGCUAGGUUUGUAUUCAUUGCAACCACAAUUUUAAUUGUAACAUUUUUAGCAAUAUUUUUGCUUGAUUUACCAAGUCAAGCAUUACAAAUUUGGCCAACUUUUAUAUGUACUAAUUAUAAUAUAAUUAUAGUUUUUUGCCUUGAUCUUUUUAACCAAGAUACAAGCAUUCUUAAUAGU